GAGCCACUCGAGGUUCGACGCCGAGCCAGCCCCGCGCUGACUGCUCCCGACUCCCGACGUUAUCCAACUCUAUCUCUUCCCACCCGCCCACCACCUGCUCGCUCUACCCCCCUUUCCCAGCAUGGCCGCCCUCCGCCCGCGCGCCGCCACCUCCGGCGGCCUCCAUCCGGUCGCCGUCCGGCGAGGCGCCUGCCGGUCUUCGUCGUUCUGUUACUCCCCCUGCUGGCAACUGCAGGGGAAUAUAUUCAAUGGGAAAUCUAAAUGUGCAACUAAGAAGUUAUGGAGUACAGUAUCUGGUGCAAAGCCUGAUGAUUCUGAAUUUGAAAGUGUGGAUGCACCGCUUGAGCCCCAAACAUGGGAAGGGAGUUUCUUGUGCGGUUUAUUGAAGAAUGUACCACACAUUUUUCUGGUUGCUGCAGCGAAGCAACUGCAAGAACUGUCUAAUCAAAGAGAAGACUCCUUGAACCGCUGGGAACAUAGUAUUGGUUCUAAAGAGGACUGCCUUCAUAGGAGGAUUGCUGAAAUGAAGGAGCAAGAGUGUCAGAAUGCUAUUGAGGACAUCAUGUACAUGCUGAUUGUUUACAAGUUUUUCAAGAUUGAAGUUCCGAUGGUUCCAAAUCUGUCGAAACUCAUCAGCAACAGAAGAUUACAAUUAUGGCCACCAAGGGAGACAGAUCUUGAAUCCAUUCAUGGACCUGAGGUGCUAGAACUAAUUAGGGAACACUUGACCAGCAUUAUCAGAUGGGUGCACAGAAAUGGUCCCAAGAUCAAUCGCUCAACACUUCGUAUUAAAAGACUGCAAUUUGGUCAGAUAUAUUCCACUUCAAUAAUGUAUGGGUACUUUCUGAAAUCUGUCAGCAUCAGGCAUUGUUUGGAGCUGACUCUCACUCGCUCACAAGAAAUGCUACCUCCAAUUCAGUUUCUGAAUGCUCAGUUUACAAGUACCCAGAAACAAGAACAGCAAGAGGUCGUUGGAGGCUCUGGGGAAACAUCAUCUUCCUUGAAACCGAGUUCUGUUGCCAACCCGCAUGACUUGAAGGGUUACAUGAUGGGCUUUGAUCCAAAGACCUUGCAGCUUUGUGCGAAGCUGCGCUCUUCCGAAGCUUCUAAUCUCAUCGAGAAGCACAGCUGGGCUCUUUUUAGAGAGAACAUGGAACUUAACCGAGAGAAUGACGAAGUGGUGAUACUUGAUCCUUCAUCCCUAAAAAGACUAUUGCUUGAAGCCAUUGCCUUUGGUUCCUUCCUUUGGGAUGUUGAAGAUUAUGUGGACGAGAUUUACAAGUUGUCGGAUAGCUGAAGAAAUGCUGCAGAAAUUUUCCUACAGCCUUGUAGAUCUGAAGCUAGCUGAAAGAAGAGUUGCAGAUAACUUUCCUGAAGCCUUGUACAUAUGACUAGCUGUUCUAUACAUGUACAUCUUCAUCUCAAGAUCGCUUUAUUUUGCGGGUAUCGGUGCCCUACAAAUUACUACUAGUACAAAGUUUUUGAUGUCGCCCGUGAGUCAUGUUUGUUGCUCUAGGAGUUUUGUAGUACUACUGCAUUGGCAAAUGCAAUACAAGAACUGUUGCUACCUUCA